AUGCUAUGGUGUGGGUAGAAUAGAAGGAAUGAUGGUAGGGAGCAAAAAAGAGAGUGGACAAAUGAAUAUGCGUGCCACACUCAUGUUACUAUGAAGGGUUGCUUUCUCAACCCACUAAUCUAAUCUAAGGGAUCUAAGGGGACACAUGCAAAGUGGGUAUUGGGGGUAGGAUUUAUUGUCAAACCUCAGUGCCAAUGGCAUGCAAAAGUCAAGGCAAGAGAGUAAACUGUUUGGGAAAAUGUUGUUGACAGUUCAUAUGAAAGAUUGAUGGGUUUUCAAGAGAGAGAACUGUUUGGUUAGGGAGUGUCUUUGAAGUGCCACUUCAAAGUGGUACGGUGGGGAAUGCAGAUAUAGUGUUUGAUGAUAUUAUGUGCAUGCAAGUGAUGAAAUUUUUUGAAAAGGGUUUGUUCACUUGUUCACUCAAUUUAGCUGUUUCAGUCUCUCCCCUACAUAAUAAUGCCUGCAGGAGCUAGUGCUUUAUUAUUUCUUUUCUUUUUCUUUUCUUUUUUCUUGCAUCACCCUUUUUCUCUUCCUUCCUAUCGCUGUUUUUCCUGCAAAGAAAACGUAAAGGAAACGCCUCUGUGCCUGUGCUUCCUCUCUCACCCCUUUAUUCAUUCACAUUCAAAAUUCUCUACUUUUUACUCAUAGCUUCAAAGAGGAAGCUGCUUCUUCAAGCCAAGUAUUUUGUCCCUUUUUUCCUUUCUUUCAUAGACCCAAACCCCUUGCCAUUUUUCACUUUACUUUUGAGGCUCCAUCUAGAGUGAAGAAGCCAUGAAGGAGAGGAACAAAGGUGUGGAACCUUACAACACCAAUGACAUGGAUUGCUAUUACUACUCCACUUCUGAACUCCCAUGUAAGAAACACCCUUCUUCUUCUUCUGUUGGUAUAUGUGCUUACUGUCUCAAGGACCGUUUGGUCAAGCUUGUGUGUUCUGAUUGUGGGGAGCAAAGGCUUUCUUCUUGCUCUUGCUCUGAUGAGAUGAUCUCUUCCCACCGCAAUUCAUGCACUGUUGAGGUGGGAAGUGUUGGAAGGGUCUCAUUUCUCAUUGAGAAUGAGAAGAAUGAGACCCCGGUUCUUCAGCAUUUGAAUCCCAAGGCCAAGGAUAAGGAGGAGGAGGAGGUUGUAGUUCUCAGGAGGAGCAGCAGCAACUGUGUCGAGAUCAAGAGGCAUGGUGGCUUUUGGAGAAUUGGUAAGUUGUUCAGGAAGAAGAAGGAGAAGGAUUGUGGAAGAAGUGUUGCUGGGUUUGAUGAGAGGAAUGAGAUGUGGAUGCUGGAUCACGGGGGUGUCUCUAGGUCCAGGUCACUAUGCAGCUUCAGGGGUGGAGGACUAUUUGGAUCUGAGGAUGGUGGGGAUUCAGUGUUGUCAGGUGCUAGAAGCUCAAUUUCUGCAGCCAGAAGUUCUGGGGUUAAUGGAGGUUUGAUGUUGGAAUCCGGCAGAAGAAGUGGAUACAGUGAGGCUGAGCCAAGGAGGAGUGGUUUUGAUGGGGAGAGGAGGGAUUUAUAUGAGUAUGAAAGUGGCAAUGAUCUCAAGGGUGGUGGGGGGAAGAAGGGUGGUGUCCUAAUGGAUGGUGAUGGAGGCUUCUAUGGGGUAAAUAGGCGUGUGUUUUCACUCAGAGAGAGUGAUUUCAAAGGCAUGGAUGAGUCUAGCUUUAUUGACUUGAAGCUUGAUUAUUCAUCAGAAUCAAAGCAUGAGUUUUCUGCCUCAAAGAUGGGCAACCUGGGUGACACCUUCUCCUCGUUUAGAGGUGGGAAUUUUCUGGCUCAUGAUGGUGGAGGAGGUUCUUAUGGGGGCUUGGUAGGGGAUGGAGUCUUAACAAGUGGAGGAUCAUGUAGGAUCACUGUGAAUGACAGAGGAAUCAAAAGGGGCAGGAAAAGCAUGAAGGGUUGGAGAUGGAUUUUCAGAUACCAUUCAAAUUGGGGAAGCACAAGGAAAAGAGAUGAAGACCUUAUGUUCAAAACCUGAUAUAGUAGUAAUACCAUCAUCAAAUACAUAAUGCAAGCUUCAUUAGGGUAGUCUUAGUCUGUUGUUUAAAUUAUCUGUAGUUUGGCCAUUAGCCAUUAUCUUUCAUGUGUACUAAUGUUUUUUCAGUAAAUGAAGAAACUUGAUACUUCUUGGAAGGUGCCAUGCCAAAUGUUUCAAACGUUAGGGAAGAAGCAAAGGAAAGUGCCUCUCAAUCAUGAUGAUAGUCCUUAGUAGUAUAACAAUGAGCCAAAAACCAAACCAGGGUCACAAAAUUUCCAAUGUGGAAAAGUAUGUAAUAGACAUAUGAUUGCAAGCUCUAAAACAAAAGUGGUUGCCAAAUUUGACA